GGACCUUCCUUCCACCCUCUGGCAAUGCCUGUGGAUUUCAGUGGAACCUGGAACCUUGUCAGCAAUGACAACUUUGAAGGUUACAUGGUGGCUUUAGGUAUUGACUUUGCAACUCGCAAAAUAGCCAAAAUGCUGAAGCCUCAGAAAGUGAUCAAACAAGAUGGAGAUUCCUUCUACAUCCACACCACCAGCACAUUCAGGGAUUACACGCUUGAAUUCAAGGUGGGAGUAGAGUUUGAGGAAGAUAAUAAAGGUUUGGAUAACAGAAAGUGCAAGAGCCUGGUUACCUGGGAAAAUGACAAACUCGUGUGUGUCCAGACUGGUGAGAAGAAGAACAGGGGCUGGACUCACUGGCUCGAAGGAGAUGACCUCCACCUGGAGCUUCGUUGUGAGAACCAAGUCUGUAGACAAGUGUUCAAGAGAGCCUGA